GAGCUCCGGGCUGUAGGACUUGAUUACCGCUGCGGCAUCUUUGGUGCAGAACACGUGAGACAAGUCCGCACCCUGCAGACGAGACACACAAACACUGACGUGAGACACCACCCGCCCCCCAAAAAAGAAGGAUGGGAGGAGACUUUUUUCCACUCUAUCAUGUCGGACAUGCCAUGGCUGACUUCAUGCAGUGUGAAGGUAAUGUAAUGUAAGGUAAUGUCUCAAUGUUUUGUGCCAAUACUGCCGCCUAGUGACUAGACUACCAUGUACCACUUGUAUUUCAAUAUGUAUUGAAUAAUAAUAGACCGUAGUCUACCAGGAAACUGAUUAUUUAUUGAUGAAUUUCUGAAAAAGCUCUCAAUUUCCUACCCUCACCUGUGGUCAUGAAAUACGACUGUAUUUCGGUGUCACUACUGAUGGGAGAUGCUAAACCUAGCUGCAGGUUGACAUGCUAACGCGGCAUGUGAGGAGUAUGAGCCGGCGUAUGAGUUAAAUAGCCUCAGGUGGACAGGCUAGCAUGUUGUUGCCUGUGAGACAAAAGGGGCUUUUAUAUUUCAGAGCCUCAGGUAACAUUAGCUGCUCACGCUAGCCACAGGUCAACUCUGUAGCGCAUCAGUGUCACUGCUAACAUUAAUUAACUUUUGUUAUGACAGCGAAAAAUUGCCUGUAUGGUGAGACCGCAUGUACUCACUGUUAUUGCCCACUGUGACUUUAACCGGGAUGGGGAUGGGAACGGUGGGGUACUCCAGCUUGACUUCAGUCUCUGCAGGAAAGGGACAGUCUCCGGUACUCUCAGAGUACACAUCCUGAGCAUCCUCCGCAUCCUCGUCCAAGCCGUCCACGGCCUCCUCCCCUCCGGUCCCGCUGUCUAUGAACUCCUGGGGGUCCACUAGGGCGGGCCGGCUGCUGAGGAUCCUCUCCAUGGUGUCAUAGAACUUGGCUAUCUUGUGGUACUGCCUGUUGUUGCGCAGGUUGCCCUCCUUGGCCAGCAAGUAUUGCCUCUUCAGGCUCUUAAUGCGCACCCUGCACUGCUCCGGCGUGCGCUCGAAGCCCAUCGCCGCCAGCCUCCGGGACACGUCGCGGUAGACGAAGCUGUUGCGGAAGUUUCCGUCCAGCGCCUCCUGGACGUCCUGCUCCCCCCAGAUGUUCAGCAAGGUCCUCGUCUCCGCGUCCGACCACAGGAAGCCCCGCGUUGUGUUGUUCAGCAGCAUAGCCGAACUGGUUGUUGUGAUGAUGGAGGUACUGGCCUGCUUCUUUUUAAGCUCCAAAACCUCCGGAGAGGUCGCUACCUACCCGCUUGAUUGUCCUAAAAUGGUGUGUUUUGUUCAAUUUUGGGACGUCGAAUCUCGCUAUCCUAGCUAAACCUGGCCAUGUUUAUCCCCCCUUUUUACGUCGCUCACAAAAAAUGCCACAUAAACUGACGAAGGACCAGCUUCCCAAACCAAGGAUCAUUUUGGUACAAUUUGCAAAACUGACCUCUGAUCGGUCCUCUAGAGGGGAACAGCCUGCCUCCUACCCGCCCGAGCUAGUACCCUGGUGUCUGCUGGGUCCUAAAGCCCACCCUGUCAACAAGCUAACAACAUUUAGCGUCAAGCUAACAACAUUUGCAGUCAUUCAUUGAAUUUAACACAACACAUGUAACGCAAGUACAUAUGAAAUAUAUGCUGUGACUUUACCUUCCCAGUUCAAACAGUACAACGUGGCGAAAAUGGACACAGUAACGCUGACAAGCAAAAAGGCGAACAUCUGAAUUGGCUGCUGCAGCAUGUUGUCAUUCAUUUGGUUUGACUGUCAUCAAUAUGGCCCACCGACUUUCCCCCUAAAGAGGAAGCCCACCGUGGUGAAAAACACACACUUCUUACCUAAAGUGGAAGUGCGUUUCAACGCUGACAAGUGUACACAAACACGACUGAUCAUGAGGCUUUCUCUUGCCAACAGCGAUACAGGAAGAAGUAGUUCACGAUGCCUUUAAGGGUUACUCGGAAAAUUCAAACUCCGCUAAAAACGAGUCCAUUCUGUGACACGAUGAUUAAAAAAACACUAUUUUUGUACGUUAUCUAGGUUUUUGGAGUAUAUAUUAAUGUAAAGUCGAUCAUAUUGCAAUGAAAAUAGUUGCUAUUAUGAAGCAAAUUAUAUGUAGAACAAUUAAUAAUAUAUUGUAAGAUAUUCCUUUAAAUCUGUAUGACGACGGUUGCCAGUGAGCUUUUUUGUCAAUAAAGUUUUUUGAGUUGAGGGUUGGACCAAAACAGGCUGUAAUACAUCCAAACAAACAAAAAAACAAAAGAAAUAAGUUCUUUAUCCAUUUAAAAUAUUAAUUAAAUGUAAAAGUCAAAAACUUGUUCUCAAUUUAGUCAUUUAAAUUGACUUAACUUUUAGAUUGAAUAGGCAAAAGGAUGCCACAUCUACAGCAGUUUAGUGGGUUGGCGAGGUGUCUUGAGUGGAAAGCCGGGCUUGUCGGUUCUUUUAAAGCAGCGAUAUCACCGUGGUAGCUUAGCCUAAACUCAUAACUUGGUUGUAUCCAGACUUUCAUCUUAAAAUGGGUGCCACUGUUUCACUGUUUAACUAACUCAGAGAUGACGUCCCCAUUUAUUGAGAACCCGGUGGACCUGGGAGCAAGAAUAAUGCAAGCAGCACUACGACGGGAACGGCUUUUUCAAGAUCGCUCUGAUCUGCUAGCAUUCCCUGAUGAAAUUGUCUGUCUGCAAGUGAAAUUUUCAGCCGAUGGAAUUUGCUAGAUAUGCUCACUUUCGGAGCCGACCAUCAGGAAUAAAAUGCAAUAUGAAAUAUGAAUUCGGGCAAUGUUAGUACGUAUAUGUAUGUGUCACAUCAGUCCUGGUGUGAGUAAUCAUCCUGUUGGUCUAUUGUAAUAUUUGCUGGAGGAAUAAGCACUCUGAGGCAUCAAUCACCUGCAAUAAAACACUUCUUUAUUUUAACAAAAAGGAAAACAUUGUCACAAAGGAGAAGUUACCACAAAACUGGACUCUACACAAAACACGUCAACACUGCCGCCGAGUGGUCACCACGUGGUACAGCAUGUCUCAUGAGUCACCGAUGCAAGUCAGACCAGCUGUCAAAAAAGUUUUUAUUGUCAUUAUACAGAGACAGCAGAUUUGGGUGUUCAUCCCGACACAGUAAAAAAAACAAAACAAUAUUUAUAGCCUGCGCACACUACCAUUGCGGUACCGUUUGAUUCUGUUUGGGGAAUUUAGCUUUUGUUGAGCUGCAUCGUGAGCACAAAGCUUGGUUUUGUUGAGCCGCUUUCGCGGUAUACUCCCUACUUAAAUUAGUUGUAUUGCAGUCUGUAAGACUAUAGGUAUUCUAUUACAUAAUGGGUGCAAAAUAAAACCUUUUUCUUCUAUGGGCGAGGGCCUGAAAUAGAGUAUAACUAAAGUAUUAUGCUGCUGCUUACUAUUGGCUACAAUUUGUCUUUUUUCCUGAAAAAGCGCGCCUGUGCCGUAGAACCAAUUCCCCGAGUAUAGCAACAUCUAACAACACGAACAACACAACAACCAAACCAUACGAUAUUCCUGAAAACAAAGAGAACUGAAAAAUAUCAAGCGAUCACGCUAUUAUCGGUAUUGCCAUUGGUAUAAUACUAUCGAUAUUUGGAUCGAUCCGUCCAUCCCCUGCUACGGACCGAAGGGCUUUAACCAAAGGCUUUGCUUUGGAUAUCACAAAGUGGGCGUGGCCAGCGGCGUCCCCUGUUGAACCCGAGAGGCGUGAUUGAGGACAAAGUUCCUCAUAUUCACUUCCUGUUUCACCUCACUUGCAGAAAGUUCAGGAGAAGUCACACAGCUUUGAUUUGAGAAUGAGCAGCACGCCAUUAAUAGCCACCAUUUCAUACUUGGACACUUAAAAAUGGCGACUUUUACGAGCUAGUCCUCGUCGUUGUUGUCGUUUAUUAGUCUGCUGACAACGGUAGUCAGUGCCGGUGGCGGCGGAGAACAUGCCCGAGUCGUCGAAGAUGAGGAAGCCCGACGUGAAGGUGGUCCUCCUGGGGGACAUGAAUGUGGGCAAGACGUCGCUGCUCCACAGGUACACGGAACGGAAGUUCAAAGACACCAUUAGCACGGUCGGAGGGGCGUUCUUUCUCAAACAGUGGGGACCCUACAACAUCUCCAUAUGGGACACUGCUGGCCGGGAACAGUUCCAUGGUUUGGGCUCCAUGUACUGUCGGGGUGCCGCCGCCAUCAUCCUGACUUAUGACGUCACCAACUGGCAGAGCCUCGCUGAGCUGGAGGAGCGCUUCCUGUCCCUGACGGACACGGCAAACCACGACUGCAUCUACGCCCUAGUGGGCAACAAGGCCGACCUCACGGACACUAAAGCCCAGCUGUCUCAGGGGGAGGGCCAAACGGAAUCGGCGGAGGACCAAUCCGAGGUGCUCUCCGCUUGCCCGACGCCUCCGGCCUCGCCCGUGUCUAUCCCGGUCGUCACGCUGCAGAAGCAGGUGUGCCGCGAGGACGCCAUUGCCUUCUACGGGCGGAUACUUCGCUACAAGGGCGCCGAUGAGAGGAGCAGCUUGCCUGCGGAGAACAUGUGCUUCGAGACCAGCGCCAAGACGGGCUACAACGUAGACGCUCUGUUUGAGACGCUGUUCGACCUGGUGCUGCCCUCCAUGCUCAGGAAGAGGAACCAGAACCAGGAGUCUCCCACCGUGAACUUGGAGGAGUGCAGAGGCGCCAGCGGCAAGCGGGAGCGCCCCUCAUGCUGCUAGGAUCCCCUUAGAAGGGGGCGGGGUUUUAACGACUGAUGGUACCACUUCAGUAUAGCAUUGAAGGAGAAACCACAUCAUUUAACACUGUGAAGCCAAACGUGUCCCAGCAAGUUGAGCCAAAGACGUCUGCUGCCACCAAGUACACUUUAGAACCUUUUUAUGUUUUGGAAGAAUAACAGCACUAAUUGUCCUGUGGGUGGCACGUUGCACUCUGUUUAGUAAUGCUUUCAUGGAUCACUUUAAAUGUUCUGUUACCUGCGUCCGUGCUCCUUUCUUUGAUGUUGCUGCGGAAGAUGAAUGAUCGCAUGAUGAUGGCGCACAGACCCUCGGUGAAUGUGACAAAGUGUCCUGAUAAAGACUUUUAUUUUGCAGCUGGCGCCGUCUGUUAAAGGGGUAGUUUGGAUUUUCUGACAUGAAGAUGACAGCGACUCACCCCCACUUGGUCCCCCAAGUCCAGUUCUGGUCAGAUUUCUGUGAUGAAGAACGUCGUUCCGCUUCGUUGCUGGGGGCAUUUAAGUAGUUUGGCUUCUCAAAACUAUAUGCGUUCAAAAGAUGAAUACAUUUGCAUCACAAAAAUGCCUUCUGUCGCUGUUAUUGGACUACAGUGCUGAAGGGGAAGUCACACAACUUCAUGUCAGAAAAUCCAAAGUAACCCUUUAAUGAAAUCACACGGUGGUGACCCUUAGAAGCAUUUUUAUCAAUUUACAGUAUUAUGAAACAAUCAUGGAUUUAUUUAAAGGCGUAGGGAACCAGGCACCCCAACGUAAGACAAUUGAGAAAUAUUGUGUAUUAAACAAAGUGUUUUAAAUAUCAUGACAUUAAUAUUCCAUUUCUUAGCUCUUUGACAGUUUAUUGACUCUGCUUAUUAUCUUAAAACAAUCAGAACUCCUCUGCUGAUUUGCUAACAUUUACCUUGGAAACGCUGUUUUUCCAGGCAGGACUCUGUCCCGGAUUUCUGCAGCGCUCCAGGUCAGUGGUUGGUGUGUGAAUGACUGGAAGAAAAACUCUUGACUGGGGAAACUUUCAGGGUAGAAGUUGUUUCGUGCUCCCCGCUGGUGGGUUUGCAUGUGUAAGCCUUUAGACCCCCAAUAAAAGACCACCCAUCUUUAUACUUUUUUCUUGGGUAAAAAAAAAAGUACCGUCUUAUAUUAAAGAAGAAAAGCUCUGACUUGCUUACGGGGAGAAGUCAUUUGACGCCACCUGCUGGUUGGUUUACAUGUGUAAGUCUCCAGACCCCCGCUAUAAGACGACCCAUCCGCAUCUUUUUUUUUUUUUUUUCCUGGGGGAAAAAAAGUUCUGUCUUAUAUUCAGGAAGAAAAGCUCUGACUUGCUCAUAAGGAAAAGUUGUUGGACGCCACCUGCUGGUUGGUUUGCAUGUAUAACUUUGUAAAUCCCUAAUAUAAGACAACCCAUCUUCAUAUUCAGGCAGAAAAGCUUUGACUUGCUCAUAGGGAGAAGUCGUUUGACGCCACCUGCUGGUUGUUUGCAUGUCUAAGUCUCGAGACCCUCCAUACAAGACGAUCCAUCAUCAUACUGUUUUUCUUGGGUAGAAAAAAAAGUACUGUCUUAUAUUGAAGAAGAAAAGCUCUGACUUGCCUGGGGAAAAGUUGUUUGGCAUCUGCUGAUUUGUAUGUUUAAACCCUGAAUAUAAGACGACGACUCUUUUUAAAACACUUGAUCAAACAUAGCGCCUUUUAUAUUCGGCCUGGGGGUUUCCCACCCCUCCCUGAUUGAAACAAAGUGUGUGUGCGUACUUUGCUGAGCAGCAAACAAACUAAAAAAAAUUUUAAAAAGUCCAAAUCAAACCAUCAGACUUGUGGACUUUGGAUCCAGGCUGUUUACGCUGUGAGCGCCUGGCGGUUUAAUGAUUAGUAGAUUUAUAAAAAUAAAGCGGUAAAUGAAUCUCAAUGGAAGGUCAAGUUCACUCAGAUACUUCAAAACAAAGAGAGUCAGUGCAUUCUGUAAGCACGUGAACAUCGAACAUGACUGUGGCUGUAACUGAAAAUAGACGUUUGCGUACAAUAACGAGGGAAAGACUCAGAGGGUAAUAAUGAUGUAGUGCAACCAAGGAUGCUGUAGUGGACAAGCAGAGUUAGUGGCGUUAGGAUGCAGCGUAACACUCACGGGCACAUCUACUGGAAGAAGUAGUGAACAGUCUUUGUGUGAUUGCCUGAGGUAAUAAGUUAGAAGAGUAAGCACCAUAGCAGACACAUCAUACGUAGAACACAUCCAUAAUGCUGCUGGCUCCAUUAUGGCAUCUCCGAGGCACCGAUCAGUUUUUGCGGCUUCAUGUUGGUACUGACACAAACUAGCGAGGAGAAGGUGAUCACAAGUUCUUCAUGCAGACCUGGCAGCGGCUGAUGCGGGACAGGAGCUGGCCCGCUUUGAGCGUCUCUGAUGCCGGCUCGGCUUGGAACGACUGAUCUAUGGAGGUCAGCCAGAAGCUGUGCUUGUUGGCGAAGUAGUGGCACGUGCCUUUGGCCCCGUUGCACUCGAUGAACGGCGUCGUUCGGAAGUCCUCCAGGCAGGAACCCGGCGACGACAGGGACUGGCCGCCGCCUUCGUUUCCCGCGGCCGUGUGCUGCGGAAAUUUUGUGUUAUUUAUGGUGUUAAUUACCACUCGGGGCAGCAGAGGGCGCCAUAAUGGAGCAAAAGUUGCAUAUUUCCUCAACACCACACCUCAAAUAGACAAUUUCACCCACCCCUCAGGAAAAAGUACCACUAGGAGGCUGUAAUGAGUCAUUUCAUAAGACUGUUUGUGAGACUGUAUGGCUGAAAAAAAAGGGCUCACUCUGUUCAUGCCUUUGUUCUGUUGAACAAACAUGCCAAGGUACUGAAACCAAUGCACAGAGUGAACCCUCUUCCUGCCUGUUUGGAGGCGGGGGACAAGAAAACAGACACGCAUGCACUAUAUUGAGGCCGGCAAAAUUAUCAGACUAAUUUUAAUUUAUUUUUAAUUUUUAUUUUUUUAGUUUAAUUCAUAGUAUUGUCCCAAGCCUAGUGCCCACGACUUUUUUUUAUUAAUGAGAAAUCUUGUUUGUUUUAAUUUCGCAAGAUCCUGUGACACAAAACUGUGUUACUAGUUUUAAAUUAGUCAGUCAAAUAUUAUUACAAUUAAAUAAUAUUUUUAAAAUGAUCAAAUGUUACAUUUACAAUAUUGUUCAUGUAAUUUUGGAGAUCUUAUGUAAAAAAUGUUAUAAAAAUGCAUUUGUGUAAAUACAGUACGGGUUGGAUUCCCAGAGCAGAUCUACAGUAAAAGUGGCUGAGACACCCUGAAUGUCACAAACCAACUGGUGGUCAUCGGAGCACACAGUGUGACUGCGCCACACGCACUACACGGGGCUCAAAAUAAACGCUUGCGCAGUAAAAUGCAUGUAAAACAAUGCUAUUUUGUACUCGUUUAUAACCCGCAAGACAUGCUGAGUAACCUUCCGGGCUUCCCAGCAUGCCUUGCAGGUUAUAAAUUUGUAUAAAAUACUAUUGUUUUGCAUGCAUCUACUUCGAUAGCCGUUUAUAGGGUGUACAGUAUGUGUCUUAUCCUUAUAGGUGCCAGCUACUCGUGCCCUUCGCUACUAUUGUAUAAGUAGUUUAUUCAUUUAAAGUAGAUUCUAACCGCAGGUGGCAUCCAUAAAGCUGAAGCUAUGGUAGAAAAAGUGCUGCGUUCUGGAGCAGAAGUUGUGAAAUAUUUGACACAUUGACUCAAAAACAAUUGGAAUGAUUCAGUAGUAUAUAAUUUUAAAUAUUUAUUUAUGAGAUAUAUUUUAAAAGCAUGAAAUAUAUAUUUAGAUUUGUACAGUGCCAUUAUUUCUAUAUUUUUAAAACUAAAUAAAUAUAAUUACGUAUAAAUUCAUACAUAUAACUUAUAUAAAUCAACAUAGAAAUGAUUUUAUAUAAUAUAUAUAUAUAUAUUUUGUAUGUCUAAAGGCCUCCCUUGUCACCCUUGUCAACUUUGUAAGCAAACAGAUCAUGUGUGUGUACUUUAUGAAACGUCUGCUGUCCACACUACUCACCAUCAGGAAGGAGUAGCCAAUCCAGAGGCUGCGCCAUCCCGCGGGACACUGCGGGAUGGUGAUGUCCUGGCUGUGGACCGCAAUGGCGACCGACGGCGCCUCGCACACCGAGCAGCGGCUGAUGUACGGUUUGAUGUCGCCCUCCUCCACGGGCAUCAUGGGAAGCGGGGCGGUGGUGGACAGCCAGUAGGACUUGUCGUUCCUGCUGGCGUAGUAACAGAGGUCUCCCGGGUUGCAGUAGAGGAAGGGCAUGGUGCUGAAACGCGGGAGGCACGAGCCGGCCAAGCCUGAGGAGCACAACACAAGGAAAUCCAUCCAGUCCUGGGGGACCCGGGCCUCCGACAUCACCCUCUUGGCCAAACUCGCCCGUCAUUCCGACGUCUCCAAGGUCACCGACAAGGCCGGGAGGUCCGGGUGGGGAGUUGUUGACGGUGCAUUCACAUUCUCCGUGAUCACCUGAAGACACAAAGACAUUCACAAAACCACAACAAAACCACAAAUUAAAACACCACCAGUCCUUCUUAGCAAAAACGGUAACAACAUCACCUUUGACUCCCUUGAAGCCCGCAUUUCCGGGCCUCCCUCUUCCUCCAGGAGACCCCUUGAAGAACUCUUGCCCUUGAGAUAGCAUGGAAAACAGUCAGACAAUAAAAUUCUAAUUAAGUAUCACACACAUUUGCAGUCGUUCCUUCACUCACAUGAUCCUUUGGGACCCGGAGGCCCCCUAUAACCUGGGCGACCUGGGACACCCGGAGGUCCUGCGGUGACUGCAGGACUUCCUGGUUCCCCGUGUUGGCCCUUGUCUCCUGGCUCGCCCUUCCGUCCAAACGGUCCACCAAAAUCAAACACUGACGAACAAGGAAAGAGUGACAGCAUUUAUUUUAACUUUUGAUCCUGGGCCACCGUAUGUCCUCAUAUAGCGAUCGAGGGUGCUCAUUUACUCAACUGCAGAGAAUACCAGGCACCUAUUAAGGGUCAUUGAUGAGUCAGCAAUGAAAUGUUUAGCAGUUUUUGUUUGCUCCAAAAUGCUUUGUGCUGCACUUUCUUUUUAAUCAUCACUGUAAACUUCAGCUUUCCAGAUGCCAGGUCUGACCUGCAGGCAGUGUGGAUGUUGUGAUAACGACGUUUGCUGCGACAUACGAUGGUAUCAGUCAUAGUACAUGUAAUUACAGCCCCCUAAUAGCAACACCUGUUAUUCCAGAGUGGAAAAGGAGGCAUUUAUUUAAGGGGAGGCGCCCUGUCAAUUGGGGUUGGGGUCUAUUGGAGUGGAGGCCACUAUAUGAGGAAAUCGUGUGAUUGAACUGCAUGAAAUGUGCCAAGAAGUGUCUCCAUUUACAGACCUUGUUGCUGCGUGUGAGAAGGGGGACGCCCUGGUGGUCCGGGAAUGCCUUGGUCUCCUAUGGGGCCCCUCUCGCCUUGUACACCCUGCUCACCAGGGGAACCGGGGGCACCGGCUCGUUAGCUCAUUAGUUGACCUACCUGCUGAAAACGAGGACCCUGCUGAAACCAGUUCUCCUGCUUCACCCCUCACUCCCUAGAAAAGAGAGUUCAUCAAAAGGAGAUCAACUGUACACAAAUACAUGGUUUACCUUCGGACCGCGUGGCCCUGGGGGCCCUGGUGGACCCUAGAAGAAGAUGCAAAGAUGCGAAUGAAAACCGGGUGCCCCACUGCGGCCGAUUAGACCCGGGAAGCCGGAUUCUCCCUGUGUACCGUUACAGCCAUCUGCACCGGGCUUCCCUCUGGGUCCAGCACUUCCUGGAUGGCCCUGAAGAGUGGGAUAAUCAAUGUGGUAUCAACAUUUUUAUUGCAUCUAUAAAAGCAUUCCAAAAACAGGAUGCUUACAGGAAUUCCGUCGUUUCCAGAGAAGCCAGGUCCAAUGAUGCCACCACGGCCAGGGUCACCUUUCUGCCCCUUUGGUCCUUGGAUGCCUGGAUCCCCUGGUCUCCCUGGGGGCCCUGUGAUACCUUGAGGACCAACAGGCCCAUGGUUACCCUGAAAUAGGAAGGACAAAAAUAAUGGCUGUUUUGAGCAAUGGAGGCUCACUGGAGUGCAGUACCUGGCGGCAACCAGCAGAGACGCUGUGAAUUCCAUCUCGACUCCUGUAGUUUGUUCUCUCAAGAAGUAAACAACAUGACGACCAUGAAAGGA